ACGUUAAUUUUUGGGGCAUACUUCGAUUGUGUUUGCUAUUAAUAUCGAACGAAGCGUUAUUCGUUGUUCGUAGCUUCUCCACACAGCUUUAUUAAGAUAUACUUUCAACAUAAUAUUUCCAGUUUAUUGUACAAGAAAUUUGCUUACACUUUUUUCGAAUUGGUACCUCGAUUGAGUCUGUAGGUACAUAGUAGUCUACGAUAUAUUGAGUUGUUAUAAACAUUGAUGCUGAUUGUCAAAGAACGAUGAGCUAUCCGGAGAAACAGGAUAACAUAACGAAGGAUGAAUGGGUCGCCAAGCUGGAAGAGAAUUCUUACACACAACGUGUUUCUAUGAACAAUUUGAUUAUGAAUUAUUUAGUUACAGAGGGAUUCAAAGAAGCUGCGGAGAAAUUUCAACAAGAGUCUGGAGUGGAGCCCACAGUAGAUCUGAGCUCUUUGGAUGACAGGAUUCGUAUCAGGGAAGCAAUUCAAAAUGGUCGUAUUCAGGAGGCAACAGAUCUCGUGAAUCAGCUGCAUCCAGAGUUAUUGGAUAACGAUAGAUAUCUUUACUUCCAUUUGCAGCAACUGCAUCUAAUUGAACUGAUUCGUACAGGAAAAAUAGAGGAGGCUCUGCAGUUUGCUCAAGAUAGACUGAGCGAAGCUGGAGAAUCAAACGAUAUUAUUUUGUGUGAAUUAGAGCGUACUUUAGCUCUAUUGGCUUUUGAUGAGCCCCAUAAGAGUCCUUAUAGUGAUUUACUUCAUCCAACUCAUAGGCAAAAGAUAGCAAGCGAGCUGAAUGCAGCUAUAUUGAAGAUGGAGCACAAAGAGUCAACUAGCCCACGAUUAAAUAAUUUGCUGAAGAUGAUACUUUGGGCACAGGAUGAGCUGGAAAAGAAAAAAGUGAAGUAUCCAAAAAUGACAGAUUUGGGCAGUGCCACUAUUGAGAGUCCAAAAUAAUUGUAACCAGGCGAAGUGUGGGACAAUAUGAAUGUAUUUAUUAGUACAAGAAAAUGAACGUAUGAUUGUACCAUAUUAGUGUCUACCAUGUGAGCAGGACUUAGGAAAAAAACAGACUUGAGCAUUUUAACAUAGUCUUAGUACUAAUUAUUUUCUAUAAGAAACAUGUAUAAAAUAUAGAUGAUACAUAUAUAUAUAUAUAUAUUAGACUCGAAUUAAGAGAGAGGAAUGCACUGAUUACAGUAAUCAUGCAAAUUUUUAACAUUCGAAGUCAUUGUUAUAAGUCUCGUCAUGUGUAUUAUACCGAUGACGAGACAACAAAAAUAAGUUCAUUAUCAGGUUGUAAAAAUAUUUAUAACAUUCACCGAUAUUUUCUAAAUAACACGAGUAUAUUAAGAAACGGACCAUUUUAAUUGAUAUCUAUACAAUAUACGUUAUUCAACAUUGCGAAAGUAAUUUUAACGUCCCUUAAUCGUAAGCUAUGUUAUAUUACGAUAGAACCGAUUAAAUAUUGAUAAUAGUUUAAAGUAGAAGAAAGUACUAAUAGAGAAAUACAUAGUUUAGACAUAGCUUUAUGUGAUAAUUGGUGUUUAUAAAGAUUUAUAUUUGGUACCAUCGAUAGUAAAAAAGCGUAAACAGACAUUUUAGGGAUCUUAUAUAUAUAUAUAUAUAUAUUCCUCUCUCCGAUUAUUCAUGUCUAUAUUGCAUUCGAUUUUUAUAAAAACAUAAGGAGAAUUACAUAUUAAAUAAUAUUUGUCAUUAACGAAA